AUGGAAGAUAGGUAUAGUUAUUCCAAGAAAAGCAGUGGUGCACCAUGGAGAUCCUUGAGAGAUGGGGAUUUUCAGGAAGAAGAUGUAGGGGAAGCUCUCAGGGAAAGUAAAGAUUCAACUUCCAACAUUGCUGUUACAAGACAUCUCCCAAGUGCUGCAAGAAUGAUCGCAAGAUCUUUGUCUGCAAUCAGCCAUGUCUCUACAAAGAUGAGGAAUGGUUCAUGGCAUGAUGAUGAUGAUGAAGAAUAUAAGACCAAGCUCCCACCACAUGAAAUUAUUGCAAGGAGGCUUGCAAGGAGCCAGAUUCCAUCCUUCUCAGUGUUGGAAGGUGUUGGUAGAAAACUCAAAGGGAGGGAUUUGAGGAAAAUGAGAAAUGCUGUCUUAACAAAAACAGGUUUCCUUGAAUAA